CGUGCGCUGCUGGUACGCGACAACGAUUCCAUCGAGAUGUACAAGACAGACGCGUGGGAGCGUGCAUACAAGCCUCUAUCCUUACCGUCAGAACAGUCGCACUACGCAGCGUUCUCACCAGACGACGCGACGAUCCUUACAGCAUCAGAGGGAGAUCGUGGCGGGGUGGCACUCUGGGAUGCGGCUUCUGGGUCACUGCGCGCUCGGUGGGAAGGCGGGCUGGACGUGGCUUGGUGGUACCCCUCUUUCCAGGACACGUCGAUGUGGAGCGGCGUGUUGGGCUAUAUGCCGCACUGCUUCGGUGGCCAGUCGUCGUCGAUCAUGUUCUCGCCGGACAACCAAUACCUGCUCACACCGGCUAUCUCCGGAGCCGGGAAUGUUGGAGAGGAUUCUGCCUGUCUCUGGGAUGCCGCGAUGGGCAAACUCAUCCGCGAGUUUGUCGGACACAGUAACGUCAUUCGCUCCGUCGGCUUCUCCCUCGACGGAAGACGCAUUGCAACGGGCUCCGGCGAUACAACUGUCAUCAUUUGGGACGUCGCGACCGGAGCACGUGUAGCGACGUGCAGGGGACAUAACGAUUGGGUGCGCUCAGUCGCCUUCUCUCCUAACGGAGAACACGUCACGUCAGGAGGUGAUGAUCGUCGCGUUAUAAUGUGGAAUGCAGAGGGAGGGGAGCUACUUCAGUCGUUCGAAGGGCAUACGCACUGGGUGUCGUCGGUCGCCUUUACUCCUGGUGGGGACGUCGUCAUUUCCUCUGACCCCAACGGCAUGCGACUCUGGGACGUUGAAUCGGGCGCUUGUCUCCUCGUCCUCAGCUCGGCUACCUGGGGCAGCACCGUGCGACUGUCCCCUGACGGCUCCGGAGUCUUAGUUGACGACGACAAACGGGUUGUUCAGCUAUGGGCGCCUCUCAACGAAGAUGCGCAGACGACGACAUCGCGUUCUUGGCUCCCGCGUCGCACCUGGCCUAUGUACUACAUCGAGGACGACUGGAUCUUCUCACUGACGCCAACUCGGCGGACACGGCUCUGUUGGGUUCCGGCAGACUGGCAGGGCAUAGCAGGAUUCCUUGGGCAGGAUGUGCUGUUUGGGAAGCAGGGUACUCGGCUCAAUUUCUCGUCGUUGAGUAGUUAUCUUGAAAGCUUGCGCACUGAUAGCACAUAGCAAUGUGUUUAUAGUAUCGACUGCAUUUGUAUCGUCUCUACUUCG